GCUCCACAUCCGAGGCACCGGAAAGCUUUGAUUCGUGCGUUCCCAGUUGGAUCAGAGAGGGACAUUCCCCAAUGUCUCUCUCCCUCAUUAUGUCAACUGUGUGAUUUUAUUUUAGAAAUGCAGCGUAGGUUGUGCCAUCCUAGCAGCGCUCUCAACUUUGACUAGUUAAAAGUGCCAAAAGAGAAAGAGAAGUUAUUUCAGUGAAAAUGUCCACGACGCACCUUAGCUCCCCGGCGCCCAACCAGAGCUAUCUUUCAACGGCCACCUACGAGAAGACAGACCCCUCGGAGGUGGAGAGGCAAAUUCGCCUGCUGCUUUUCGGCUUGUGUGUAAUCAUCGCCGCUACUACCUUUGUCGGAGGUGUGUAUUCGCUGCUUUCUCUCCUCCGGUUGAGAAGAAAAAGCUCCCUCUGUCUCAUCGUGGCUUCCAUGUCGGUGGACGACCUGCUCAGUGUGGUCCCUCUCUCCUUGUUCAUGCUCCUUCAGUGGGAGACAGACAGAGGUGGAUGGUCGGACAGCCUGUGCACUUUAUCUGGACUUCUGUACGUGUUCCAGGGUGUUUCUAGCAAUAUGAAGGCUUGUCUCAUAGCAGCCUACACUUUUUAUGUCACCAAGAGAUUUGGAGUGCUUCAAUCUGUCCGCCGGCCCCUGAGAGUGAUGUGGGCCAUUGCCGGCGUGUGGGCGGUUAGCCUCGCCGUCAGUGUGUUACCUUUGUGCGGAUGGGGAAGCUUUACGCCGGCCUCUCUCGGGUGUUUCCCAGAAAGCGACAGUUUUUACACCCUGCUGCUUUUCUCUUUAUAUUCCAUGUGUUUUUGCGGCUUGUUAUUUUUCUUUAUCCCCCUCACCUAUCAGCUGCUGUGCUCCAGGGAGCCCCAGAGGACUUUACUGUACCCGAGCUAUUUGGAGAUGGCAAGGGGACUGAGUGGGUCCGCUCACCUCUGUGAUCUUCCUUCCUUUUCUCGGGACAGCCUAAACAAAGGUUUUGGUGUCUACAACGAGCUGAGCCCAAGUUCAUGCGGGACGAAGCUUAGGGAGAAGGAGGACAGUGGUCUGUCUCCAGUGUCUGUCAGCAGGCAGAGGACAGCUGCUGUCGGGGACACACCCGUUGUGUUUGCACAAAAGCGCUUCUCCAUGGUCCUAGCGGUUGUCCGACUUAUUUUAUGGAUGCCAAUGAUGACUUUGGUGCUGGUGCACCACGCAGUGAAUGCACGCAGCUCAUCCCUAGAGACGCUGAGCUUCUUUCUCACUCUGCUCGCCCCUGCGGUCACUCCAUUAUUCGUGCUGUCUGAGCGCUGGAUCCACAUGCCAUGUGGUUGCUUCAUUAACUGCAAACGAGAUCCAACGCAGGAACCCUCAGUGAUGAAAAGAAGAUUUGAGUUCAACCUUUCCUUCCAACAAGGCUAUGGAGUCUAUAAGUUGUCCCAUGCCACCAUGUCUCAUAACACUCCAGCCCUUGAGAAGCCUGCCUAUCACAGCCUCUUUAACUGUGACUUCCCUAACACCCGCCUUGAGGCACUAGAAAGCGGCAGGCUCCUCAGCCUGGGGCCUGAUUUUGAUUUCAGCACCACCUUCCCCGUGGACAGCUCCUCUCAAGCAGACCUUGAAUCGAAAGUGGUGGCCUGUGGAGGAGAGGCGCUGGCUGAUUGUCUUUCACUCCCUCAUGAGAACCACGGAGAUGAUGAUGACCGCUGUGUCCCUUCGCAUCACCAGGAGCCGGAUCACAAUCUCACUGAUACGUCGUCUGUGUUCGAGGGCCCGGAGAGGAGGCUGUCGCACGAGGAGUGUCGGAAAAUCGAGCUGACAGACUGGGAGUGGUGCAGGAGUAAAUCAGAGAGAACACCCAGACAGCGGUCGUCAGGUGGUCUGUCAAUACCUCUGUGCGCCUUUCAGGGCACCGUAUCUCUGCUAGCACCCACUGGGAAGACCCUGUCUCUCUCCACCUAUGAAGUCAGCAGUGAUGGACUCAAAAUCUCCCCCAACAAUGCCAAGAAGGUGGAGGUGUAUCGCUCUAAAUCAGUUGGCCACGAGCCCAAUGCAGAUGACCCAGCAUCAGGAGGCCAGGCCGGAGACGUGAAUAUCAGCGGCAUAGAGAUGGGCAUUGGAGCUGGUGUGGGGGACACCAACGUCAAGAUCCACCUUGAGGUCCUCGAGAUUUGUGACAACGAGGAGGCCAUGGACAGUGUCUCCAUCAUCUCCAACAUCAGCCAGUCCUCCACCCACGCCCGCUCGCCAUCGCUGCGCUACUCGCGAAGGGAGAACCGAUUUGUGUCCUGCGACCUCGGUGAGACGGCUUCCUACUCUCUGCUCAUCCCCAGCAGCGGCAACCCAGAGACAGAGAACAUUAAUAUCAAUAUACCUGACACCGUGGAGGCUCAUCGGCAGAAUAGCCGACGGCAGACGCAGGAGAGUUCUGGGUAUCACGAGGAGAUUCAGCUGCUGAAUGAGGCCUACAGAAAGCAAGCUGGGGAGGGGGAAGAGUGACAUACAAACAGGAUAACAAGAUGGUGUCUCCUGGGAGGAGGUUGAAAGAGCAACUCUGACAGCAAAAAAUUUAAGACAAAUUUCUUAAACAUUCCACAUUUACUAGAAAUAGAGACUUAAGCCGUGUUCUCAUAAGAACUGCGAACAAUAUCCAGAGAGUCAGGUCCGAUUACACCGCUGUCACGUAGCAGGUUUGUAAUUUGGUCAGAAACAACGACUACGACAACAACGAUUCUCUUACAGACAGAAGUUCCCGAAUCUCGUCGUCUCUCCAGUUAGACAGUUUAGUUGGCGUCUUCUUGUAGAUGACCUCUCUUCUUCACCUUUGGACGUUCUUUUUUUUUUUCCAGGUUUCACACCAGCCGCGAUAGAAAUGUAAUCAACACGUAACUUGCUCGGCGUGAAGGCCCUGGACAAUGAGCGGGUCUUUUCACACAUGGGCUCAAUCGGACAUUACACAGACUUUGCACGAGAGAGCUGGCAGGUUGAACUCCGUUUGAUGUCCGGUUCGAAGGAUUUGGCUUUUGUGUUCUCACAUACAACUCCGCCGGGUAACGUCUAGAAUCAUUUCAGGGUUGCAGUGAAUGAAGAAAGGGGCUUUAGCUUAAGACUGUUAUAAGAGUCUGCUUGCCUACUCUUGUACUCCCUCUUCAGAUAACAUCACAAGAGCACAUGCAUCUGUCUGUAGAGUAGAGAUAGAUACGUCUGGAGAGGAAGAGAGAUGAUCGUGAAGUGGGGCCAACGAGAGAGAGAGAGAAAGAGAGAGAGAGAGGGAGAGAGAAGGAGGGAGAGGGAGGGAGAGAGAGAAAGAGA